AUGGCAUCUAAUGUAGUUCUUUCGACUAAGGAAUUCAAUGUAGUAGGCACGCGCCCGAUUCGGCACGAUGGCUACGAUAAGGUGACGGGCAAGGCGCUUUAUGGCGCUGACAUGAACCUGCCUGGGAUGCUGCACGGCCAGGUGCUCCGCAGCCCUCACGCUCACGCCAACAUCCUGUCCCUAGACACCAGCAAGGCAGAGGCGCACCCUGGAGUGCUCGCAGUCGUAACUUCGGCGGACUUCGCCGAGGCUCCUGACGAGGCACGGGUGAUAGUUGCCGGUCCGCCUACGAAUUUGAAGCACCUCAGCAACAACGUCCUCGCCGGUGGCAAGGCCCUCUACAAAGGGCAUGCAAUCGCCGCAGUCGCAGCGCAGAGCGUCCACGCCGCGGAGGAAGCGCUCGCACUGAUUGAUGUCGAGUACGAGGUGCUGCCGUCGGUUGCAACGGUCGAAGAAGCAAUCGCGGACGGCGCACCCCAGCUUCACGAAAACUACAAGGGCAACAUCGCCAGCCACUCCGAGAUGACGCUUGGCGACAUCGAGAAGGGCUUCGCCGAGGCUGACAUCGUCGUGGAGAAGCAGGCUCAGGAGUCCUCUGAUGAGUACCUACAAGGCACCGCUGCCAUCAUCGAGGAAGGACGACAAAUUCGUGUGCAGUGGGGGACGCUUGAUGGGGGACCCGCGAGCAAGAUAGUAGAAUACGCCGAGGCGCAGCAGAACAGUCUCAUUGCGAUGUGCACGCAAGGGCGAACAGGCUUAGGCCGCUGGGUAUUGGGGAGCGUAACGGACGCUGUUAUCCGUGCUGGGAACACGCCCGUGUUGGUCAUGCCUCACGGCGAGGAUGGCUGA